AAGAACUAGGUUCAAAUUUGGAAGAGACCUUAAAAAUCAUGGGAGUCUAGCCUUACAAUCAGUAUAAAAAUUGUUUCUGCACCAUAGACAGUUUCUACUUGAAAGGAAUUGUCUCACAAGCAGUUCAUUCCUUUGCUAUACAUUUUUUCCUUAUACAAGUCAAAACCAGGCUCCUUUCAUCAUUAGUCUUAGAAGUUCAUUCUAGAAAUAUCCAAGUCUACAUAAUGGCCCUUCACGUAUUUGAAAAUGGAAUCAUCUUUCCUUAGUCAUUCUUAGUUCAUCCAUAUCUCCUCUCUGAAUUCAUCAAUGUCCUUCCUAAUAUGUGGCAUCCAGGACUAAACACAAUACUUUGGACAGGGUCCCAUUGGCACAGAGUUGAAUGGGACGAUUAUCCCCUAUGAUCUUAACACUAUUAUUCUAUUACUAUAGACUUAGGGUGUUUGACUCAUUUAGCAACUUAGGAUCAACUAAAACUGCCUUUUUUUUUUCCCCUCGGGGCAAUGAGGGUUAAGUGACUUGCCCAGGGUAACACAGCUAGUACGUGUCAAGUAUCUGAGGGCACAUUUGAACUCAGGUCCUCCUGAAUCCAGGGUCGGUGCUUUAUCCACUGGGCCACCUACCUAGCCCCAAAACUGAUUUAUCUUUUCCCAAUGAACUGCUGUUAACUCCUUCCCACCAUUAAUAACAGCAUCAGUACAGGGAUUUAAAUUCUGUAGAGGCUGGCCUUGAACACAGGUCGGCUUCCCUUUGCCAGGCUCCCUUUCCCAUGUAAGUCAUUCCUAGCCUGUCCUGAAGGCAAUAAGGGGGAAGGGAGAAUCAGAAGAAAGAGGAGCUUCGGCCGCAUCCCAGGGGAUCCAUCAAGGCUCCGUGGUACUUGUUUCCAGCCUGAGAGCCUUCAGUUUCUUGGAAUUAAGGGCUGAAAGAGGCGGGAGAUUAUCUCGUACAACAAUGAGAAUUAUCUAGUACAACGCUGAGGUUCGGAGAGGAAGGGCAUCGCCCAUCGUCACAAAGGUACAUAACCAACAAGGCGGGGGGGGGGGGGGCCGACAUUCGAUCCUCCGAAUCCAGAUCCAGCACGCUUCCCACAAGGCCACAUCUAGUCUCCUUUCCUCCUGGCGCGACCCCAUCUCCGCCCCGCCCCUAUGAGUCCCGUUUCAGCGCAAGAUUCGAAAGAAACUAUGGCACGGGAAGCGGCCAGUUUACAGUUCACCCAGGCUAGCGAUCUUGAGCCUUGCACCCCAACCACAGAGAGUUAACCGCCCAGGCACAUGCGCACUCAAUCGUGCAUGACUUUACCUUUGGGCCCAUGCGCGUGACCCGCGGGUCUGACAAACGCAUGCGCAGUUCACUCUCUCUCCCCUAGUUGCCAGGGCUGCAAUCGUCUCUAGGGUUGAAUUGGUCAUAACUGCUGUUCUCUCCCGUAUCUCUAAACCUCCGGCCUCCAGUUAUUGGAGUUUUCCCCCUUAAAUUCUGGAGCGGAGGCGAGGGCCCGGAGAAGGCCGAGAGGCCAAGGGAGGAGCUCCCACAAGCUCUCUCUACUGGCUCUGAAGCCCGCCACCAGGAUGAAGAAGAUUUUCAGUUUUGGUAACAAGAAAGGGAAUUCUCCGAGUCGCAACGCCUGUGCCCUGCGGAGGGACUGCGGGGUCCGAGCAUCUGGCCCCAACGCUGGAUACUUCAUCAGGGACAAGGACCUCGGGAAGCUGCACAAAGCUGCCUCCAACGGGGAUGUGGCGAAGGUGCAGCAGCUGCUGCUGUUAAAUAAGUACGACCUGAACGAGCCAGAUAAAAUGAACCGGACACCUUUACACCUGGCCUGUGCUAAUGGAUAUCCAGAUGUUGUGUCUGUUUUAGUACAGAGAAGAUGCCAACUAAACAUACGUGACAAUGAUCAUCGAACACCCUUAAUUAAGGCAGUACAGUGUCAGCAGGAGGAGUGUACAAGAAUCUUGCUUGAACAUGGUGCAGACACUACUCUUACGGACAGCAACAAUAACACUGCACUUCACUAUGCUGCCUCUGGUCUGAACAAAGGCAUAGCAGCAAAGCUGCUUAAAAGUAAAACUGAUAUUGAAGCACAGAACAAGGACGGAUAUACACCACUUUUGCUUGCUAUUACAGAAAAUAACCAUGAUAUGGUAGAAUUCUUCUUAAAGAAUGGAGCAAAUGUGAAUGCCUCAGAUAAUUCUAAAAGAACAGCCCUCAUGAUUGCUGUCAGUGGUGAACCAACAGGCAUAGUCAGUCUUCUUCUUAAAUAUGAUAUUGAUUUCUCUUUGCAAGAUAUAUAUGGAUGGACAGUUGAGGAAUAUGCUGUUGUCAGUGGUUAUCCUAUUCAUCACCAACUAAUUACUCGAUGUGAAACACGGAAGGAACUUACUCAACUCCCUUCACCCCAUAUCAGCAUUUCAGAAAGGGCUUCUGAUAAAGGAUUUAUUUUGGGUGCACCUGCCAUGGACAAAGAAGAAAUACAGGAAUCUCCAGUGGAGAUUCAUCAGGAACAGGAAUCAUCAGGAACAAGAAUUUCAGGGAAAGUAGUGGAAGAAAGUUCCCCAGAAGAAUCUAUAAGCAGACUCUCUAACAAACCAGGGGCUGAUGAUUCCUGGCCAAGCACAGAUGAAGAAGGUUUAGAUUUUAGUACUAAGAACCUCCCCAACUCAAACUUAACCAAAAUAAUAAGUGCUUCUCAGCAAAUAAGGAAAAACAUAGAUGAAAAGAGUAGCACUGUCAAUACAGAACAUAGAACUUUGCUUGGACACAAUCAAUCAGAUAGUGAAAAAGAAGAUAUGACAGAUUCCCUUCCUAAGCCUUCAUCCCAAGCCCAGUGCUCCCCUCAUCCUGUCUAUCCCUCACCUGGCUCCUUUUCAAAGUCUUCCCACAUGAUGUCUACUCUGGGCAUUAAUAAGAAAGAAUCAGAGAAGGAAGAAAAGGAAGAUUGUUUAUUAAUUGACAGUGGUACUAGAGAACAAAAACCUUGUGAACCUUCAGAUAUUCCCAAUGAACUUCAGGCUCACAGUACAACAGAGAAGUGUGCUGUUAGAAAAGAUAUGAUUGCAGAAUUAGGAUUGGAAGAGGGAGAAGAUACAGAAUCACCUUGGGAUUCAGAGUAUGCCUCUGAAAGUCUCCCCAAAGGAUCUGCCAGACAUAUCUCUGGAACUACAAAUCAAACAAUACAAGACAGUAUUGAGUCAAUAGAUCAACUCGAAGAUGUAUUUUAUAUACCUUCUUUCAUAAAUGGAUCAAGAAACUUUAAAAUGGAUAAACUAUUGGAUACAAGAAGUAUAGGCAUACCAGUAGGCAACAUGGACUUCUCUAAGAGACAUCCUAAUCUGAAGUCCAUUCAACCCAUGAUUGGAUUGAAAGAUUCUUUCACAAACCAAGAAGUAGGAGAAAGAGUUAAGGAAAAACAAAAGUCAUAUGUAAUAGAAGAAUUUGGUUUAGAUGAUGCAGAUGACAUUGAUGAUAUUUCUAAUUGGGAUUCUACCAGUAUUUCUCAGAAAAAUGAGAGUUACAGAAGUUCCAAGGAUUUGAAUUUUAAUGGAAAUUAUCCUUGCAAAUCACUGUCACUGACCAAAAAUCAGUCAGGAUCCACGGAGUUUGGAAAGAUUCCUUUAAAAGAAGAUGAAGUAGCUGAAGCGGAAGCAGAAGCGGAAGCUGGGACUGGGCCUGAGACUGGGUUUAGGGUUGUGAUUCUAGUAGAAAAACCAGUCCCCCCGAAGCAGUGUGAAGCACAGCUCCCUCUCGAAAAAGAAGAAGGUAAAAAAGAUUUGACACAAGAAUUGGAAUUUAAAGGAUCAUCACAGGAAAGCCAAGAAAGUUUUGAUAAAAGUGACCAGGAACAGGAUAAAGUUACUUUAGAAACAGCCAACAUACCAGAACAAACAGAACCUAAGAAACAAGUUAAGCCGCUUAGUUUUCCACUUUUGUAUCUGAAAAGAAUGUCUCAAGGACUAGAACUCAAUGAGGAAUCUAAUAGUGAUGAUGAGCAUUUACAUUCAGAUCCAAAUUGGGAAGAAAGGUAUGAAAAAAUGUGGGUUGAAGAGGAGAAAAUGGAAGUCAAAAAGAAUUUUAAAAUCAUUACAACUGAGUUAAAGCAGAUGUUUGGUGAAAUUUAUGAAAAGGACAAAAUUUCCGAUCAGCCUACAGAGAAACUACAAGAAAAGGAACUACAAGAUGGCUUUGAAGAGGAAUCAAAACAAUUACAGGAAGCAUCCCCUAGUUUGGCAAAUAACUCAAAUGAUGCUGAGGAAAAAGAGAAAUUUGGAGGCCCUCUCAAUGUAGAAGUGCAGUCAUUUCCUAAACAAAGUGAAUAUGGUCUGGAAAAUGCCACUUUACAGAAUUUAAAGCUCACUUUCCAAGAAAAUGUUCUUCAAUCAUCUUCUAAUCUAUGCUCAGAAAGUAGCAAUCUACUCCAUAAGAAUGAUAAUAAGCCAGAAAUUAAACGUACUUGCAAUGUAAAUGAAAAGGAUGUUGCUCAUGAUACAGAAAAUAUAAAAAUAGUUGACUCAAAAAUAGCUGUAAAUGAAAAGAAGGAAGAUGAAACAUUUGGUAUGCAAAUGGCAGAAAGUCCGAAUAGAAAUACCACAAAUUUGCAACCAGAUUCAGGACGUUUGCUACAAUCAAGUGCUCUGGGAAGCCAUUUUGGUGUGCGGCUUACACGCUCUGCUGAUAUGAAAUCAAUCAUCCAAGAAAAAAAGGCUAAACUUAGUACUUCAACAAAAUUUAAGGAGAAAACAAAACUAAAAGAAAACAUAUUCCAGAAUAGUGAUCACAAUGCCAAUAACUCUACAAAUGAGCUAAGACAUUGGAGACACUCCCUUCCAUAUAGUGACAAAAUAUCAAAACAGCAUCUGGAUACAGAAUUAAAGCAAGAUAUGCAAAGAUUUAAAAAUGAGUUAGGAGUGUUGCAAGUAGAGUUCCUGGCUUUGGAGAAAGAAAAAAUACAACUACAAAAAGAGGUUGAAGAGGAAAAGAAAAAGCAUCAACACAGUGAAAUGGAAACAUUGGAGGAAAAAGAUGGUGAUAAAUUAACUGAAAGUAGAACAGUUGACAAAGUUAAUGAGCCUUUUUCUAUGGAGAACAAUCAGCAUGGUAAAGAUGAGGAAAAUAAAAUACCUGGGGAAAAAAUUCCAAUAAUGAGCAUUUCUUCUCCCAAGGAAAGUUCAGCACCCAUGCACCAUCUUUUAAAGGGCAAUGGUUCUUCCAUGCAUACAAAAGAUGCAAACAUACUUAAAAGUGUUAAAUGGAUUUCAGAGGAUCCUGGUAUCACUUCAUCUUUCGAAAAGGUGAAUUCCUUAACUGACAUCCCAUUCCAUGGUUGUGAUGACAGCAGUUUAAGUGAAUCAGAUCACAAGGAAAUAAGGCCUGCAAAGAAAACAUUGAAUGAAAAAAAUAAGGACAAAGUACAGAUGAAUGCAGAUGAUCUUGAUGACCUCACUCAGUCAUCUGAUACAGCUACAGAGGAUUAUGAUUUGCCUCCCUCAAACUAUAAGAAUGUUAUGUUAUUGAUUGAACAGCUUAGUCUUGAUUGUAAAGAUUCUAUUAGCCUUUUGAAAAUUCAAGAUGCAGUCCUUACAUAUAAACGAUCCAUAGAACUUAAAAAAGGACAUUGUACACUACUUGCAGGAAAAGUUAAGAGUUUAGAAAAAAAGAUUUCUGGACUACAAGAAGAAUUAUCAGAAACAAGAGAUAUUAAAUCACAAUUAGAGCAUCAAAAAGUAGAAUGGGAAAGAGAACUCUGUGGUCUCAGGUUUACACUGAAACAAGAAGAAGAAAAGCGAUUGAGUGCAGAAAUGCUAUUUGAAAAAAUUAAGGAACAAUUAAGAAGAAAAGAACAACAAUAUCGUAAAGAAGUGGAGCUAAAACAGCAACUUGAACUAACUCUUAGAACUCUGGACCUAGAACUGAGAACAGUAAGAAAUAAUUUGAAACAGGUUGAAGAAGAGCGAAAUGACACUCAAAGACAACUCUCUCGGGAGCAAAAUGCCAGAGCUUUGCAAGAUGGAAUUCUGAAUAAUCAUCUUUGGAAGCAGAAGGAAAUAGAAGCAGCUGCUUCCAAAAUGAUUCAGAGUUCUGAGGUUCCUGAUAGUCAUGAAAAAGAAAAAUAUCUGCUGCAUAAAAAUCAUACCCUACAGGAUGAAGUCACCACACUCAAGCUAGAACUAGACACAAUAAAAAUUAAGGAUCAGGAAAAAGAAACUCGAUAUACAGAAGAAAAUGAAGUUUUAAAAGAAAAGAAUGAUGAGCUUCAGAAGGAAUUAAAACUAAAUGAAGAAGCAUUAACAAAAACAAUAUUCCAGUACAGUGGACAAGUAAAUGUUCUGACAACUGAAAAUGCAAUGCUAAACUCUAAAUUGGAGAAUGAAAAACAAAACAGAGACAGACUAGAGACAGAAAUCGAAUCAUACCGUUCCCGUCUGACUAAUGCUAUUCGUGAUCAUGAACGAAGUCAGACAUCAAAACUAGACCUUGAGCAUACCUUUCAGCGAGAACGAGAUGAGUGGCUUCGUUUACAGGACAAACUAAAUUAUGACUUGUCUAAUCUAAGAGAUAACAAUGGUGUCCUUUCUCAAGAGCUUUCUAAAGCUGAAAGUAAAGCUAAUAGUUUAGAAAAUGAGCUAUACCUUGUACGUGAUUCCCUCAGAGAAAAGACACUAAUUUUAGAAAGCACACAGAGGGAAUUAAACCAGACCCAAUAUAAAGCAAAAGAACUCGAACACACAAAUCAAAUGACAAAGGAAAAACUGAACAAAUAUGUUGUCAAACAAGAAUCCAUCCAAGAACGAUUAGCCCAAAUCCAGAGUGAAAAUAUGUUGCUUCGACAACAGCUUGAAGAUGCCCAAAACAAAGGCAUCAUUAAAGAAAAGGUAGUAAGUGAUGUUCAGGUACAAUUUAGUGAUCUCUUCAAUAAACUUCAUGCCGAUACCAAAAAACAAGUUCUUUUGGUAGAAGACAGAAAUAAAGAGUUAAUCAAUGAAUGUAACCACUUAAGAGAGCAAAUAUGCAAAUAUGAAAAUGAGAAAGCAGAAAGAGAGGAUACAGUAAGAAAGCUUCAACAAGAACUUGCUGAUUCCCUAAAAAAACAAUCCAUGACAGAAGCUUCACUGGAGGUUACAUCACGUUAUCGAAAUGAUUUAGAAGUUAAAAAAGAACAACUACAGAAAGAAGUAAAUCAAAUCAAAAUUAAACUGCAAGAAUCUCAAGAACAGAACCUACAGUCACAGCGGUCUGCUAAUGAGCUAGAAGAUCAUAUACAAAAGCUUGAAAUUGAAAAUGCCAGAUUAGAAGCUACAGUAAAACAACAAGUGGGCAAAAUUGAAAAAAUUCAGGAAAACAUGCUGGAUUAUCCUUCACUUGAAACCGAAAGGGAAAAAUUAAAGAAACUCAUUGACUUAAAGCAGUCUCUGGAAAAUCGUCUAGAACAAGAGAUGAAGAGAAACAAUGAAUUACAGAAAGAUGUUAGUGGAUUUAAAAGACUGCUGAAAAUAACAAAAAAGAAAUUAAAAGAAUAUGAAAAAGAAGAUGUUGUUUACCAGGGCGGACUGAGGCGAACACAUUCUGAAAUGGAUAGACAAAUUAAUAGGUUAAAAAAUAAGAUUGAAGACCUUACACAACAAUUGGAAACAGCAUCUUCAAAAUGUAUACAGUUGGAAUCAACAAAUCGAAGUCUUCAAGAAGAGUUGUUUUCUAUGAAAGCCUUGCAAAAGAAAUGUGACAAGCUGGAAAGGAAUAAAAGACAAUUGGAAGAAGAUGUGGUUAACCUUAAACAUCAUUUAGAAAUUACUAAGCUAGAACACAAUCAAUUAAAACAAUAUAAACAUGAGAUUGAAGAACGAGCAAGGCAAGAGAUUGUAGAAAAACUAAAAGAAGUGAACCUAUUCUUACAGACACAAGCAGUAUCCCAAGAGAACUUAGAACAAUUAAGAGAAAAUAACAAUGCUUCAAUAAGAAACCAAAUGGAGCUUCGAAUUAGAGAUCUAGAAACCGAACUCUCCAAAAUGAAAAACUCACAUCAAGACUCUACGAAGGCAGAACUAGAGAGAUACAGACAGCUUUAUUCUGAAGAAUUAAAAGCCAGAAAAUCAUUGUCAAACAAAUUAGACAGAACUAAUGAGAAGCUAACUGAGGUGAGUGCCAAACUCCUGAAUGAAAAACAAAAGAGUAAAACUUUAAUGAACAGUUUUACUUCAAGUCCAGUUCUAGAGCCACCUCAUGUUGGGAAUCUUAAUACUAGCAUAGUCCUCAAUAGAAGUCUUCUUCCAAGAGGAAAUCUAAUGUAUUCUCCUGGAAACACAGUGUCUUCAAAAAACAGAGUAGAGGCCUACUUGACAAAGAUUCAUGAAAAGAUGCAGAAGGAGUUGGAACAAAGUAUAACUAGGGAACUUGAUGAAGCUACUGCUGAACUUGAAUCUAAAUCUUGUAGGGCUUCUCCAAUAGGAUCUACUGAUGAGUCCUCAAGAAAGCCAAAUGUGAAUCAGGAUCCUGUUUCCAAAGCAACUCAGGAAUACUUAGAGGUUUUAAAGAAAAAUUACAUGCUUUAAAGGAAGAAAUUAUGUGCAUUUAUGAAAUGAGCUAUGUUUACAUAAUAUUUAAUGGUUUUCCAUUAAAUGUACAAAUGUGAAAAAUUCUAAUGUAUUAGAAAAUGUGUCAUAAGUUUUAAUAUGUACUGUGUGUAUAUGUAUAUAGAAAUAUAUUUGUAUAGUUCUUUAUUAAAAGCUUUUUUCCUUUAUAUUUGUAACAUAUCCCCCCAAAAAAUUUUUAGGUGUUUCAGGUACUCUAGCAACCACUAAAUUGACUGUAAUACUUUAUAUAUCUUAAUAUCUAUCUUUGAAGGUUGUACUGUUUUCUAUUUAAUAUCAUAGUAUGCAGUCCUAAGCAUUUAGUAAAUUUAGGUAGAAUUAUUUUGAUAUUUGCUGCUAUUUCUACUAUCAGUAUUUGAAUUUUACUAUAUCAGUUAAAGGUGCCAUAAAAUUUAUAGAGUGUAUUUUACAUUGUCUUUUAACUUAUUUUAAAUUACAGUGGACGUAUUUUUUUCUUUUUCAACUUUAAUUAAAUGGAUUAAAUAGCAUUGUUUGUCUUGCAAGUUUUAUGAUAAUUAAAUGGAUUAAAUAGCAUUGUUUGUCUUGCAAGUUUUAUGAUAACAGUGCUUUUCUUUGUGAAGUCUCUAAUCCCAAAACCUAGGUUCAUUCAGAUCAUAAUUUUGCUAUAUAUUUUUUUUCUUAAGACUAUAUAAGGUUGGGGCAGCUAGGU